CACGCUAGAAACGGCGCUGCUCCGGCUAUCCGCGCGCGCGCGGACCUAGCCCAUCUUCUUAAGUGCUUCUUAUUGACUGCUUUUACGUAUUUCAACUCGCUGCCAUUUGUGCGGCCCACCCCUGCGCCAUAGCAAAAGCUUGCCUCAGCUGCACUGACAGAGGAUGAGUGAACUCACAGCAACCGCAGACGCCGACAGCGCUCACACCCCAGUCGAGCUCAUCCUGCUGCGCUGUCCCGAAGUCUUCUGCUACAAAGUGCCUCCGCAAGCGUCGGCGGCGGGCCACCGCGCGGAAGACUGGAACCUCGGAGAACCGCGCUUCACGGGCCGCCUGCACCUCGUCGGCGUCGGCAGCACGCUCGAGUGCCGCGUGCUCAAGCAAGACGAUGGGGACGACGCGCCCGUGGCCGUGUGCCCCGUGCGGACGGGCGACAAGGCGCCGCCCGUCGAUGCCGUGGUCUGCGCCGUCGUCGACAGCAGUCGCUACUUCGUGUUCCGCUGCGAGGACGCGAAGGGCCGGCGCGCGUACCUCGGCGUCGGAUUCCGCGAGCGCGACCAGGCCUACGACUUCAAGGCCUCGAUCGACGACUUUGUGCGCGCGGCGCGCCGCGAGGCGACGGCGGCCGUCCUGCGCGAGGCGGCCGAGGAGGCGGCGGCGAGUCCCGUCGCCGCCGCGCCGGCCGUCGACAUGUCCCUCAAGGGCGGCCUGAAGCUGAGUUUUGGCGACAAGGCGUCGCCGUCGGCGUCGCCGCCGCGGCGCGAGGCCGGCGCCGUACCGAAGCUCGCGCCGCCGCCCGUGCCGAAGCUCGCGCCGCCGCCGCCUGUGUUGGAGGAAGAUGAGUUUACGGCGUUCUCGUCCGCGCCGGCGGCGCCGCUCGAAGAGGGCUGGGCGGACUUCGCGGACGCGUUCCCGGAGGCGAGCUAG